AUGCUGUUUAUCGGUCGUUUCAUCGCGGGUUUAGCUAUCGGUCAGCUCUCAAUGGUUAUUCCGCUGUAUAUCAGUGAACUUUCGCCAGCGAAUCUUCGAGGGAGUCUCAUAUCUCUGCAACAGGCUAGUAUCACUUUGGGAAUCAUGGUUGCAUUUUGGCUUGAUUAUGGCACGACAAAUAUUGGGGGAACUGGAGAUGGACAAAGUCCAAUUGCCUGGAGAUUACCUCUCGCUUUGCAGUGUGUGCCGUCAUUAAUUCUAGCCAGCGGGACAUUCUUUCUGCCAUACAGCCCCCGGUGGCUUCUUAUGAAAGAUCGCGAAGAAGAGGCACGCGCGACCCUGGUUCGCAUCCGCCAAGUGUCUGAGAAUAGUCCUUGUAUUGAAUCAGAGCUACUCGAGAUCAAGGCCGCUGCCAUAUUCGACAAUGAAACGUCUGAUUUGCUUUAUCCAAAUGCAAAUACUAAUAUCCAGCUCACCAUUGAGAGAUAUAAAGCUCUUUUCACUGUUGGACAUCUACGCCGCCGUUUAGUUAUUGCCUGCACGAUGCAAGUUAUUCAACAGUUCACGGGGAUCAAUGCGAUUAUCUACUACGCGCCGCAGAUCUUUCGGAACAUUGGUCUCUCGGGAAAUUCCGUUGAUCUUCUCGCUACGGGGGUAAUUGGUGUCGUCAAUUUUUUGUCUACCAUACCGGCAAUCAUGUACAUGGACCGGUGGGGCCGCAGAAAGGUACUCAUUAUCGGCGGCAUUGGGAUGGGAAUUUCUCAGCUCAUCGUCGGCACUAUAUACGCCGUCUAUAAGGACUCUUGGGCAAGUCAUAAGUCGGCUGGAUGGGCAGCCGCGAGUUUCGUUUGGAUUUAUAUUGCCAACUUUGCGUUCAGCAUUGGGUGUACUAAUUGGAUUAUACCUUCGGAGAUCUUUAGCCCUGGGGUUCGGGCACAGGGUGUCGGAAUUGCGAUUGGAGUCAACUGGCUCAGCAAUUUCGUUGUCGCCCUUAUUACUCCCAAAAUGCUUCAAAGUAUUACAUUCGGAACGUUUUAUUUCUUCCUCGCAUUCUGUAUUGGUCUAAUAUUUUGGACCUUUUUCAUGCUUCCGGAGACGAAAGGUGUUGGAAUUGAAGAGAUGGAUAAAUUGUUCGGAGGUAACCAAGGUGAAGCCGAUAUCAAUCGAAUGCGGGACAUCAGGGGAAGGCUGGGACUUGACUCUGGAGACAUGGAAAUUUCGAAAGAUCUUUAUCCUGAGGUGUCCCAAAUCGAAAAGGUGUAG